GACAGGGCUGGGGUGGCCAAAAAAAGCCUGGGGACCGGACUCAUACAGUGGGAGUGCAGGGGGCUUAAGGAGAGGGCUAAGCAGCAAGACAACAGCUGCUGAGAUGGCCACCAAAGGUAAGCUGGCAAAGGUUGUGGAGCUGGUGUACUGGAAGAACAUGGGGAAGACAGGAGUGGUGUUCACUGGGCUGGUGGUGGGCCUGGCCAGCCUGUUCCAGCUCAGUGCCCUCACGGUGCUGUCCUACCUGGGCCUGGGCAUCCUGUGUGUCACCUUCCCCCUGCGCUUCUACUACAAGUUGUUGGAGCUCCUUCGCUGGAACCCUGAGAAGGAACAGCCCUUCCAGACCUACCUGGAUGAGGACAGCUCUCUGACGAAUGAAGAUACAGUGGUGUUGGUGGAGAAGGCGGUGCUGCUGAUUGCGUUUGCUCUUACGGAGCUCAAACGCCUGCUGUUCAUUGGCAGCAUCACAGAUUCUGUGAAGUUUGCAGUGUUGUUGUACCUGUUGUCCCAUGUGGGAAUACUGACCAAUGGACUGACCCUGGUGAUUGCUGGUGUCAUCUGCCUCUUCUCUUUUCCGCUACUUUACAAAAAGCAGCAGGGACGGAUAAAGAGGCUGGUGAGAGCGGUCAAGGGUUUCCUGAGGAGAAUCAAAAACAUGUUUAAGAGGAUGUACAGAAAGAUCAGACCCGUUUCUGUCCCUGCUCCUGACUCUGACCCUGCCCCUGCCCUUGCCCCUGUGCCAGCCCCUGCCCCCAAACCGAAGUCCAAGUGAUGAGUAGAAGGUGCUGCAGCAGAGGAGGGGGGUCACUCACAUGUCUUAUUGGGCCACCUGGACUGUCCUGGACUGCUCUGGAUGAGGCUAUAGGGACCUAAUGGGGGAGGGGGGGGGGGGUGCUGAUGGAAGUGCUUUUAUUACCAUUUUCCCAUAUUUGUCUGUUAACGGGAGCAAGAAUGAAAACUCAGAUUUUGGUCUCGGCACAUACUUGCGCUACAAGAAGAUGCAAUAUUUGGAGUGGAAGGCACUUGGUCAAAUGGGUUAGGGGGAUUUUUAUUUCACAAAUCAAUCGCCAUCACAAAAUACUGAAUGGCUGGACUAAAUCUGAUUGUGUGGUUACCGUAAGUGAAACAAACGAGUGUUAAACUGCAUUUGUUCACGUUUCUUCCAUUUGUGCAUACCAUUCUGAUUGAAUAAAUAUCUGAACAUGU